GCUCAGAACCUUAAAGAACAAGGACCGGAUCAGAUUCACAGGUUGUCACUGGCUAAAGUUAAACAAGGAAAAUUGAGGCGAUAGGUUGUCAGAGAUCUAACUUGCAAAGCCCACAUGUCAAUCGAGACAGAAACUACUUGCGACCGUGAGAAACGGCCACCGAUUCUGCGAUCAACAUGGCUGCAAAUUCGGAUGGGAAUGAGGAGCUACAUGGAACGCAAGUAAACCCGGAUAUAGUUUCUCUAAUUCUUCAGCGUUUUAGCGACUGUGACAUGUUCAAUGUGACGAAAUUCUACCAACCCAGAUUGGUACAGGCGAUGGAACAAGGAGUGAAAGGGGUCAGCCUAACAUUGACAUUCAAAGAACAAUUUAAUGCGGAAGAACAUCAGAUGGUCACCGAACUUGCAGACAAGGGGCGUGAAGCAGAAAGCUCCGCACUUCUCCUGGAUAUGGCGAUGACGAAAGGUCCCUUAGCCCAAAGAGUUAUGUGGGAAUCCUUUGCAAAUAUGCGUCAUGGAGUACCUAAACUGGACAGCAUUUUGAAAGAAGUGGAGGAACACGGUACCACUCUUCCAAGCUAUGCAGCCAUCCCAGAAAGAAUACCGGAAGUACCCAGUCACCUGAAAGGUGCUCACAAGAAACACAAAGAAAUGCUCCGAAAGCUGAAUGAGACAUUUGAAAUGAAGACAGGCCCGAUGAAGGAAAAGGUUAAGAUUUCCCAGCUGGGUGACCGAUACACCGAAUUGACGAUCAUUUCUCCGAUUCGACAAUGGAAGCUGGUGGAGCAUGAGCUAUUGGCACGUGGCAAAGAUCAUGAAGACUGCAGAGAAUGGUAUCUAAAGAAAAAUCUGGAAAAAAUCCGCAUUGAUCAGUUAUUUCGAAGUAGCUUUUCCCGGGAAGUCCGUUUGGUGAAGAGAUCGAACGGGCAUGCUGAGGAAUUUAAUUCAGGGUGUUCAGCGGCUGCCUGUGGAGUCCCGGGGAUUGGAAAAACAACCUUGGUGCAGAAAAUAGUUCACGAUUGGGCCACGGGGACCCUAUACCCAGAGUUUCAAUUUGUUUUCAGUUUUAAAUUCCGUGAUCUGAACGGCAUUAACGGCAAAGUGACUUUGAAACAGCUGAUUUUAGAUUCAUCUCCUGAUCUGAAGAAUGUUAUAGAAGAGAUCUGGAGGAAUCCAACUGUUUUGAUGUUUAUAUUUGACGGUUUUGAUGAAUUCAAGUGCCAUGUCGAUUUUAAUGACAGUGGGAAAGACACAAAACCUCAGCAUAUCUGCACAGAUCCCGAAUGUCUUUGUGAAGUAUCUGACAUUGUGUACAGUCUGAUACAGCGCAAGCUGCUCCCAGGAUGUUCAGUGCUACUGACCACCCGUCCCACUGCGUUACAUUUGCUGGAAAAAGCGCAGAUCAAUCCCUGGGUUGAAAUCAUGGGAUUUGUUGGUAAGGAACGGAAAGAAUAUUUCAACAGGUUUUUUGAAGAUCAGGCGGUGGCAGCAGCUGUUUUCGAACACGUUAGGGAGAACGAGAUCCUGUACACCAUGAGCUACAACCCCUCCUACUGCUGCAUUCUAGGCCAGACACUGGGACCCUUCUUCACACAAAGAGACAGGGAGCUGCAGCUAAUUCCCAAGACCAUCACCCAAUUAUAUUCUUUUUUUAUUUACGACAUCCUUAAGAAACAUGUCACGGGGACUGAAAAUUGUCAAGAUAUGUUGCUGAGAGUUGGUAAGAUGGCCUUCAAAGGAGUGACCGAGAAGAAAAUUGUGUUUAGAAACGAAGAUUUGAUCGAACACAAUCUGCAGCCUUCCCAGUUCAUGUCCAGUUUCCUGGUGGAACUUUUGGAGAGAGAAGGUUGUACCCAGAGGGUGGUGUACACAUUCCCACACCUUACCAUCCAAGAGUUUGUAGCCGCACUCGCACAAUUCCUGACUCCAGAUCCUGGGGAUAUCUGGAAACUCCUCACUGAAACUCACAGCGAGAAAGAUGGGCGAUUUGAGGUAUUUCUGCGGUUUGUUGCUGGUCUCUCCUCCCCUGGGUCAGCUCGACCACUGCAAGAGUUUCUGGGACCAUUUCCUCACGAAACAACAUGCCGAGUUAUUGACUGGGUGAAGGAGAAGGUGAAAAACCAGAUUGGAAGCACGUGGAGUGAAACCGGUAAAAGGAACCUGUUGAACACAUUGCACUUUCUGUUUGAGUCUCAGAAUCCUGGACUUGCUGAAACUACGCUGGGCUCUGUACCAAGCCUUAGAUUUGGAGACUCGGACUCUGAGAAGGCAUUAUCACUCACACCAAUUGACUGUGCAGUGCUGUCGCAUGCUAUUAAACUCUGUCGUAAAAUAAGCCAGCUUGAUCUUCGGAACUGUUUUCUUCAGUGUGAAGGGCUCCUGCGCCUUGAACCGGUCCUGCAUAAAUGCCAAGUGUUGAGGUUGGAAGGAAAUAACCUGGGAGAUUCCGGAAUAAAAAUACUGUCCAAGAUUUUGACUGAACCUAAGUCAGAAAUACAAGCAUUGGGACUGGAUAAUAACAAUCUAACGCAUUCCUGUGUCGAAGAUCUAGUCUCCUCUGUUACUGCAAACUCGUCGUUGACAGAGCUGGGGCUGGGUAAUAACAAACUCGGAGAUUCCGGAGUGAAACGAUUAUGUGCAGCUCUGAGGAACCCUGAGUGUAAAAUACAGAAACUACGCCUGAAUAACAACAAUCUUACAGCCUCUUGUGCUGAGGAUCUGGCCUCGGCUCUCUGCACAAACCGGUCACUGACGCAGGUUGACCUGGGUGAUAAUGAACUGGAAGAUUCUGGAGUGGAACUGAUAUCUGCAGCUCUGAGGAAACUGGACUGUAAAAUACAGACAUUGCGUCUGAACAAUAACGGACUCACGGCUUCUUGUGCCGAAAUUUUCGCUCCUGCUCUCAGUACAAACCGUUCUCUGAAGGAGCUGGACCUGGGUCACAAUAAACUGGGAGAUUCAGGAAUGAAGCGACUGACCGUUGCUCUAAGGGACUCAAACUGUCCAAUAGAGGAACUGGGGGUGAAUAACAACGGUCUAACUGCCUUUUGUGCCGAGGAUCUUGCCUCCGCGCUCUGCACAACACCUUCGCUGACGAAGCUGGAAGUGGGCGAUAACAAUCUGGGAGAUUCAGGUGUGAAGGUGCUAUCUACAGCUCUGAGGGACCCAGACUGUAAAAUACAGAAACUUUGCCUGAAUAAAAACGGUCUUACCGCCUCUUGUGCCCAAGAUCUCGCCUCCACUGUCAAUACAACGCCAACGCUGACUGAACUACAUCUGGGUGAAAACGAAUUGGGAGAUUCUGGAGUGAAAGUGUUGUCUGCGGCUCUCAGGGACCCAGACUGUAACAUACAGGAGCUGAGUCUAAAUAAUAACGGUCUGACAGCUUCUUGUGCCCGGGAUCUUGCCUCCGCUCUCAUCACUAAUCCCUCAUUGACGGAACUCUCACUGGGUGAUAAUAAUUUGGGAGAUUCGGGAGUGAAACUGCUGUCUGAAGCUCUGAAGGACACAGAAUGCAAGAUACAGGAAUUGCGAUUGAACAAUAACGGCCUCACGCCGUCUUGUGCAGAGGAUCUUGCAUCUGCGCUCGUGAAAAAUGACUCGUUGACGGGAUUGUACCUGAACGACAAUAAACUGGGAGACACAGGAAUGAAAGUGCUGAACGAAGCUCUGAUGGAUCCAGAAUGUAAGAUAGAGAAACUGGGACUUGCCAGAAUUGGGAUCUCUAAUUCCUGUUCCGAGGAUCUCAUCUCCAGUCUCAGUACAGUUCAAAAAAUGAAGCAUGUCAACCUGGGAUCUAGCUUAUCAUCAGACCAACCUAGUUCCCCUUUCUCCACUACUAAUCAGCAGGAGUCUGGAGCAGAUUCAUCUGGGACAGAAUCUGCUUAGACUUAACGGGCUAGAACAGCCGCUUCUGCUGCAGGGAACAGGACUCCACGUGAUAGUGCGAACCUGCUGAACACACCGUUUGUGCAUUGUCGGUUACUUUGUAUAAAGAUAAGCUUCUCUUGAUAUGGACAAUAUUUUACUAAUUCUAUUUGUAAUGCUUUACAAUAUCAAUCGUUAUCUCAAUACAAGGCAAUAAAUCUCUUCCUAUAAAA